AUGGUGCAUAAUCAAAAGACUCCAUCACAACAUAAUUCUACACUUUUUAUUUCACCAGUUAUCAAUAAUCGCCGACAAGAUUUAUUCAUUACUCCGCCAAACCCACCGGCAACACUAUUUGAUACACCUGGAUCCAAUCAGUCGCUGUUUUUUCACUUAGAGAGGUCCAAUUUGCAUGAAGAACAAAAACAGGUACAUGAUGCUGAACCACUUACACAAGCAGAAAAGUUAAGACUAUGGAGACAUGAUGCAUUGAUGCAGCAUCAUUAUACCACGGCUGAGUAUAUAGGGGACAAAGUUUUGGCAUUGACGGAUGAUCCAAAUGACGCAUUUUGGCUUGCACAGGUGUAUUUCAAUAGUGGAAAUUACUUACGAGCAAAGCAUCUUUUGACUAGCAAGCCAGAAUUCGAAAAGUCUGUCAGUUGUCGAUAUUUGGCGGCGUAUUGUUUGCUAAAGCUAGAAUUAUGGGACGAUGCACUCGACUUGAUAGGAGAAUCCAAUCCAUUUAGGAAGGACGACAAUUAUCAAGUAAGAAAUAGUGAUGGAGGGAUUAAAUUAGAAGCGUCAAUGUGUUACUUGAGAGGACUUUUAUAUGCCAAUCAAAACAAUUUUGAAAAAGCAAAGGAAUCGUACAAAGAGGCUGUUUUGGUCGAUGUUAAGUGUUAUGAAGCCUUUCAUGAAUUGAUAUCGAACAAUUUGAUGACUCCAAGUGAAGAAUGGGCAUUUAUAACUUCAUUAAAUUAUAGAGAUGCAGAUGACAACGAUGAACUUAUUAAAUUAUUAUACACCACAAAUUUAAGUAAAUAUUUGAAUGUGCAAAAAUUUGAAGAAGCAGAAAAUAUUUUGAAAGAAGAGUACGAUUUAGGAGAGAAUUGCGAUAUCUUAUUGAGUAAGGCCGAAUAUCUUUAUGUUCAAUGUAAUUUUGACGAAUGUUUGGCUACGUAUGAAAAAAUUUUAUCGAAGGAUCCGUAUAAUUUCAAUGUAUUGCCAAACUAUUUGAGUUGCUUGCAUGAACUUGGAGGAAAAAACAAACUAUUCUUAAAGGCACACCAAUUGGCUGAAAAUCAUCCUAAUAAUCCAAUGACCUGGUUAUCCAUUGGGGUAUAUUACUUGUCUAUAAAUAAGAUUAUUGAAGCAAGAAAAUUUUUUAGUAAAGCAACAUUAUUAAACCCUAAUUUUGGCCAUGCCUGGAUAGGAUUUGCCCAUACAUUUGCAGCCGAAGGAGAACACGAACAAGCAAUUAGUGCGUAUGCAUUUGCUGCUAGAUUAUUUCCUGGUUCACAUUUACCUAACUUAUUUUUAGGCAUGCAACAUCUCCAGAUGAAUAAUUUAAACUUAUCAGAAGAAUAUUUAAUCGUUUCGUCACAGAUAUGUAACUCGGAUCCCUUGGUCUUGAACGAGUUAGGAGUCAUCAACUUUUAUAAAAAUGAUUUAAUGAAAGCUGAGCUUUAUUUUCAAGAGGCACUUGGUGCUGCUAAGCAUUUAAAUUCAGAUUCUAAAAUAUGGAUUUCGAUACACGCUAAUUUGGGCCAUGUGUUUAGAAAAGGAAACCGCCCUUAUAAAGCAUUGGAAUGCUUCAAUCAGGUAUUGAAGAUUAGCCAUGCGAAUGAUUCCAACAUUCUAUCAGCCAUGGGGCUUAUCUAUUUGAAAUUAGGAAAUAUAUUCAAAGCUAUCGAUAUACUUCAUGAUGCCCUCGCCAUUUCGCCCUCAGAUCCAGUGGCUUCCGAUUUAUUGAAACGGGCCUUGGAGUCUAACAAAACAAAUACUUCAUUAUUUUUGAACAAUACGAGCGAGAAGUUAUUAGAAUUAAACAUGCCAACUUUACAAUAUAGAUCUAGAAAGAACAAAUCAAAAUCAAGUCUGCAUCUUGCAGAUAUAACAACUUCAAACAACAAGCUUACAACGCCAAUAAAUAACAAGACAAAGAACUUAUCGAAUGCCUCGAGAAGAGAUGACGUGCUUCCAGAUAGUUUUAUCCUGAGAGAACGUAAUGAUCUGAUUGAAGGAGAUAUAAAUUCAGUUGCACAUGAUUUAAGGAAGGGAGAAGAAUCUAGUGAUGAAGAAGAUGAAGUAAUGGAUAUAGAGAGUGAUUAG